GCUUUGCUAUGAUGAUGAGAGCAGUUUUGGUCCCAAAAGAAAAAAGAUGACAAUAAUCAUGAGGAGGGAGAAGAAAGGUGUCAAGUACUUCGUGGUCGAUGCUUUCACUGAUUCGGCUUUCAAAGGGAACCCAGCUGCUGUUUGUUUCCUCGACGACGAGAGAGAUGACACGUGGCUUCAGUCUCUCGCUGCCGAAUUCAACAUCUCUGAAACUAGUUUUCUUACUCCGAUCAACUCUGGUUUCGAACAACCUCGCUUCACUCUCCGCUGGUUUACCCCUUUAGCCGAGGUGGAUCUUUGUGGUCAUGCAACUUUGGCAUCUGCUCAUUGUCUCUUCUCCAAUGGUUUAGUUGACACAGACAAGGUUGAGUUUGUCACAAGAUCAGGGAUUCUUACAGCCAACCGUGUUUCCGAUACUUCAGAGCUCAGUGAUGGUGAAGUGAAACCAGGUUCCUUCUUCAUUGAGUUGAACUUUCCUGUGGUUCCAACUUCUGAUAUUAAUCUCAGUGAUGUCUCCUCUUCCUUGAUCAACAAGGCCUUGAACGGUGCUACCAUCGUUGAUAUCAAAGCUACUGCGACAAACAACAUCCUCGUUGUGCUUCCAUCUAUGGAAUCUGUCAAUGAAUUGCAACCAAGAAUGGAUGAUAUAUUGAAAUGCCCCUGCAAUGGCAUAAUUGUGACAGCUGCUGGUUCUGCAGGAUCGGCCUAUGAUUUUUACAGUCGUUACUUUGCUCCUAAGUUCGGAAUCGAUGAGGACCCUGUUUGUGGAAGUGCACAUUGUGCAUUGGCACAUUACUGGAGCCUCAAGAUGAACAAGUGUGAUUUCUUAGCCUACCAAGCUUCACUUAGGAGUGGAACAAUUAGGAUUCAUCUAGACAAGGAGAAGCAAAGGGUUCUCCUUAGAGGCAAAUCCGUGACUGUGAUGGAAGGUCAUGUCUUGGUCUGAUCUGAAAUUGUGUAAAUGUGUUCACCUGUGGGAGCCAUAUAUUGAUAUGAUAUGUCUGUUUUCUGAACAUAUGUGUUCAUUUCGUCCUUCUUUUUAGUGUGGCUACUGUAUUUCCCUUUUCGUUAACUAAAUUAGAUAUUGUUUGAUAUGAUAGAACGAAAACACGUUCUAUAGGCCUCAAUUUUUACUGCUGCUUCUCCUGAA